AUGGAUGGAGUUAGCUUGUUGCUGGAAGUAUUACGAGCUGUACAACUCAGUCAGAACACAAUCACCGGAAGUAGCACGCUGAAUUCUCAAACCAUGGAAUUGCGCAAUAAUCAAUCAUAUCAACGCAGAGCACAAUUAGAUGAACUCGCUUGCUUACAAUGCUUAAGCAUUUGUUGUUCACGUUCACAUGAUGCCGCAGCUCGUUUGGGAACAACCCCUGUAGGACUGUUGCCUUUGGCAUGUUCAGCAACAGGAACAGGCAUUCGAGCAAGAAUUUUUUCACUUCAACUUCUGACAGUAGCAUGCGAUAAAAAUUCUUUGGGUGAUCACGCUCCGAAAGCUGCUUACAAUGGACAUCAGGCGGUAUCAGAAUCGUUGUCUACACUGAGACUUCGCUGUGCAGAGCCCGUGAGAUUUCGCUUAUUGAUCGGAAUUUUAAACAGCGGGGGUGGUUCAGGUGAACUUCAAUUUGCUGGAAUGAGAUUUCUCAAUACUCUUAUGGAAAGUUCCGAAAACCUUCAGAUAAGAUUAUAUCUACAAGCAGAAUUAUUUCAAGCUGGUCUCGAGCCACAUCAAAUGUCAAAGCUGAUUUCAUCAACUUCGCCAUGGAUGCAGAAGCUACUCGAUGAACUCAAACGAUGGGACGCGAUAAAAAUUGACAUUGAACGACUUCAAAAAGACGUUCGAAGUGCUGAACAAUGUAGAAGUAAAAUGGUCAUCUUGGAAAGAAAAGUUGAAAUGUUGCAAGAAGAAAGAAAUGUGUUUACAUCGAUUGAAAGACGCUUACAAGAAAAGUGUGCUGAACUUCAACGCGAGCUUAUGCAAUUAAAAAAAUCCAAUUCAACAGCUUCCACUUUAGAAAAGCGACCUGUCGCUCUUCCACGUCAGACAAUAACGGCUGGGAAUGUUUUAAAGAAAAAUUCCUCUGAGAAUGAAGAUGAAGGAAUCAGCAGUUCUGAGACGGGACAAUCUUCGAGUCCAAUUCCACCGAUUGAUUAUCAUGGAAAUCAUAAAAAUGAUGCUACAAAUAAAAGCACGUACGAUGACGACUUGACUACAACGAUAGAUGAUGUCAUUGAAGAACUCACAAAUAUCGUUAAUGAUGCUGAACGGGAAAUAACAGAAAAGCAAAAUAACAAUAAAAACAUCAUUAAGCCGCUUGCUAAAUCAAAAUCGGAUGAUGUACUCACUUCCGGAGUUGAAAGUGAAAUUGUUGUCAAUUUACUUCCGCAACCGCCGAGAAAGUCGAAUAAAUCAUUGGUUCAUAUUUUGGGGGCACAAAAUGAUGCUGAUGGAUCGGAUUACGAUCUUUAUUAUGCUGAUGUUGAUGAGAAUAAUCAACAACAACUUCCACAAGAAUCGCCUUACGAAAAUGAUUAUGAACUUGCUAGAGAUGAGAUGGAACAAAAAUUAAAACAGCAGAAUCAAAAUCAUCCAGACAUCAUUAACACAACGCAACAGUUCACAUGUAAAAAUAAUCGAGCGAGAGAUGACAAUCGACAACUUUUAAAUGUCAUCAUGGAUGCGAGAGAGAAAGAACAACAGAAAGCGUUCAUGAGUAGAGCCCAUUCAUUAGAACGCGAUGGUUUUCCAUCUCAACAGUUCAGUGGCGGCGUAUUUUUCAUGUCUGACAUGAUGAAUCGAACGUCAAAGUUCUCCAAACCAGACAUCAUGGCAGCCAUUGAAGCAAAACGAGUGUCGAAAAACGUUUCCGUUGACUCGAUGAUUGAUGUCGUGAUGUCAACAGAGCAAAAGCCUUUUCAUCAUCAAAAGCCUCGACAAAUCUUUCUACCAACAGCGGAAAAAUUUUCACCCCCGCAAAACGUUGCGUUCAAUAAUUUUAAGUUUAAAAAUAUAAAUGUAAAUCCCACGUUGUUCGAUCAGCAACCCCAACCGAGAACACAAUCAAAUAAUGGUUCAAAAGUAACAGACUUGAUUUCUGGCUUGUACUAA